AUGCGGUCCGAAUCCAGCCUCAGCAAGCGGGGCAGAGAUCUCACCUCCGACCGCCUCGGACCAAACGCUCGAGAGGCAACUGAGAAGAUUGGCCUCUACAACGGGCCAUGGGAUCCGGAGACGAACCCAGAUGGUUUGAUAAACUUGGGCACGGCGGAGAAUUCGCUUAUGCUGGAUGACGUUGCGAAGUUCGUUAAUGAGCAGAAUAUCAAUUUUGAAGGCGAGGCGUUCGACUACAGCGAAGCGUGGGGUUCACUACGUCUGAGAAAGGCUGUUUCUGGGUUCAUCAAUACUCAUUUUCAUCCUCACUCACCGACCACAGCCGCGAACCUGACGAUUUCGAAUGGAUGCUCCGCCCUGUUCAACGCUCUGGGGAACGUUCUGGCGGAUCCAGGCGACGGUAUUCUUCUCACUAGGCCGUGCUACAUCGCUUUCGGCUCAGGCUUUGGGCUGCUGGGCGGGAUGACGCCCGUCUUCAUAUCCUCCAACAAGAUCGACCAGUUCACGCCGGAUAUAUUGCCUCAGUACGAAGCAGCCCUCAAGUCCGCCGAAGAUCGCGGUAUCAAAGUCAAAGUCCUCGUUCUCUGCAACCCACAUAACCCGCUCGGCCGCUGUUACCCUCCCUCAACACUCACUGCCAUCUUAUCAUUCUGCAACAUGUACAAGAUCCACCUCGUUGCAGACGAAGUCUACGCCAUGUCUGUGUAUUCUGAGAGUGACGCACCCUUCACCUCUGUACUGAGCCUCGACUGGCAAAAGUACAUCGAUCCUACGUACUUCCACCAUGUCUAUGGCAUGAGCAAGGACUUUGCGUCUGGAGGGCUGCGGAUUGGAAGUCUGUGGACGCUGAGUGCGGAGCUGCAGAGGGCCGUCACCGCGCUCGCGAACUUCCAUCAUUCUGGGACGGUGAACGCCCUGCUUGCGUGCAAUAUUCUUGAGGAUAAGGCUUUCACGGCUUCUUUUCUAGCUAAGUCGAGACAGCGUAUUGCAGAGGCCAGCUCGUUGGCACGAGACCUGCUAGAUGAUGCUGGUAUACACUAUACACCUGCGAAUGCAGGGUUCUUCCUGUGGAUCGAUCUGGCGCCCUGGUUGAGGGAGGAAGAUGGUGAAGAUGAGUGGAUAAGGGAAAGGAAGUUGAUAGAGACACUGAUCGGGGAGAAAGUUUUCAUUGCAGGUGGGCAGAUGCACAAUGCCGAAGAGCCAGGACGGUUUCGCUUUGUGUUCACAAGAGAGCAGAAACUGGUCAGAGAGGGAGUGAACAGGUUGAAGAAGGUAUGUGGAAUUGUCGGACGACCCAAGGUCGCGCAUAAGUAG